AUGACUCAAUCUCGAAAGGCAAUCAUAAUCGGCGCCGGCCCAGCAGGCCUCUCCGCCGCCCUGCGACUACACCAAACCACCAACAUAAAAUGCACAAUCUACGAGCUCCGCCCGGAACCCACAACACUAGGCGGAGCCGUCGGAAUACCCUCUAAUGGACUGCGUCUGCUGGACCGCCUCGGCGUCUACGAGUCCCUGCUACAACGGGGUAGCAGCCAGAGUGAUUUCGCGCUGCACUCGGGGAGCGGGGGUAUCCUUGGACAAAUAGACGAUUUCGUAUCGCAUUCUCGGGCUGAGACCGGGUAUGGAUAUAUGCGCGUCAAAAGGACUGAUCUUGUCGAUGUCCUGCUCCAGGCUAUAAACGAGGCCGGGAUCCCGGUUUAUUUCGGGAAGAGAAUUAUAGGGGUUGAAGACGGGAGCGAGGACAUUAGUGUCGUCUUUGCAGAUGGCACGACAGACAGCGGAGAUAUCUUACUCGGAUGUGACGGUAUCCAUUCAGCAGUUCGAAAUAUCUACGUCGAUCCCGACCAGAAGCCGGAGUACUCUGGUUUAUCGGUGUUGUUCUCUAGCAUUCCUGCAUCGAUGAUCCCCGCUGCAUCCGCUGCCCACAUCAAGGGUUUGACUGCGACUAUGACCGGCGAAGGGAUGUUCCUAUCUGCCCCAUGCACUGCAGACAAAGACGAGUUCUUCUGGGCCUUUUCACGAGAGGUUGCUAUCCCUGAUGGAAACGAUAGUCGGGACGGGUGGGAAGUCCAGCUGCGGCAGGAGGUGAAGGGGUUCAAGGAUACCCUGCAUGACGUCCUCGGAGGCGCAAAAGGGGAAUGGAUUGAUACAUUGAGAUACAUGAUUGAUCAAACCGACACUAUAAAAUUCUACCCGGUAUACCGCUUACCACUUGGCGGACGAUGGUCUCGUGGGCGAUGUGUUUUGAUCGGAGACGCUGCACAUGCUAUGCAGCCGCAUGCUGGGCAGGGAGUAUCCAUGGCUCUUGAAGAUGGGUUUCUCAUUUCUAGAUUGUUGGGGGAUUCGAGCCGGUCUAUUGAGGAUGCCUGCGAGUUGUUGCAUCGCAUCAGGAAACCGCGCGUUGAAGAGGUAUACCGCACGGCAGCGGAGAACGGUGAAGCGAGGAAGAAGACUGGGCCUUGGGGCCAGUGGUUGAAAGAAAACAUUAUCUGGGCUAGGUUUUCUAUUCCUUGGGGGCUGGGAGGGAAGAUGUUUGGGCAGACGUAUGCUGUUUAUGAUAUCGACGAGGAGAGGAUUUGA